ACUUGCAUCAAGACUUUCCCGAGUCGAACCUAACUUCUUUCCAUCCACAGGGAUUUUAGGACUGGAAACUUUUCUCCAGCAGUCAAGAAUGUCACCGUGAUUUUGGAAAACACACGAGCAACAACUCGUACCCAUCCGACGACUCGUACAGACAAUCGACCAUGUCCAAAACCCUAAAGAAGAAAAAGCACUGGGCGAGUAAAGUCCUGGAGUACGCGGUGUCAUGGGGAGGAGGAGAUCUGAGCUCCGUGCUGGAGAUCCGCGGCGGGGCAGAGCACGGAGAGUUCCCCUAUAUAGGGCAUGGAUCCUCGGGGGCGGCGGCGGCGGCCGGGCUGCGCUGGCACGCUGGCAGAUCACCCGGUCCCGGGGACGUGCUGCUGGAGGUGAACGGUACUCCCGUGAGUGGCCUCACCAACCGGGACACGCUGGCUGUGAUCCGCCACUUCAGAGAGCCAGUGCGCCUCAAGACCGUCAGACCUGGCAAGGUGUUAAAUACAGACCUGCGUCACUACCUCAGCCUCCAGUUCCAGAAAGGCUCUUUGGACCACAAGCUUCAACAAGUAAUACGAGAUAACCUGUACCUCCGCACCAUCCCCUGUACCACGAGGCAGCCGAGGGAGGGCGAGGUUCCCGGCGUGGACUAUAACUUCAUCACCGUGGAGGAGUUCCGUGUUCUGGAGGAGAGCGGCUUGCUGCUGGAGAGUGGAACCUACGACGGUAAUUAUUAUGGCACACCCAAACCUCCCGCCGAGCCCAGUUCGGUGCAGCCCGACCUGGUGGACCAGGUCCUGUUUGAUGAGUUUGAAAAUGAGGUGCAACGCAAACGGACAACCUCCGUCAGCAAGAUGGAUAGGAAGGACAGUGCGGCACCAGAGGAGGAAGACGAGGACGAGAGGCCGCCGCUAGUCAAUGGACUCACAGAGCAUACCGAAGGGGCGGACUGGAGGCAAACUGUGCCCAGCUACACGCAAUCUGGCAGUGGCAUGGACCCUGGGGCCUGGAACAUGCAGCCUGGAGAUGAGAGCCAGGAGCCACUGCCUAAAAACUGGGAGAUGGCCUACACUGAGACGGGCAUGGUCUACUUCAUAGAUCACAACACUAAGACUACGACCUGGCUUGACCCUCGACUGGCUAGGAAAAAUAAAUCUGUUGAGAAAUGUGAUGAUACAGAGCUGCCCUAUGGAUGGGAGAGAAUCGAGGACCCACAGUAUGGCACCUACUAUGUGGACCACAUCAAUCAGAAAACUCAAUUUGAGAAUCCAGUGCAAGACUCCAGGAGGAAGCUUAAUCCGGACAUUCCUACUGCCGGCCAGCCUGGAGCUAUACCCUCAGAAGAGGCCGUUGGAAGGGGGUUCACACGGGACCCGUCCCAGCUACAGGGGGUGAUGUUGCGCACAGCUCUGAGGAAGAGCACACAAGGUUUCGGCUUCACCAUCAUCGGUGGGGACCGACCAGAGGAGUUCCUCCAGGUGAAGAACGUCUUGAAGGACGGACCCGCCGCACAGGACAACAAGAUCACCCCAGGAGAUGUAAUCGUGGACAUCAAUGGCACAUGUGUGCUCGGCAAGACCCAUGCUGAUGUGGUGCAGAUGUUCCAAUCAGUUGCUGUGAACCAGUACGUCGACAUGAUGCUGUGCCGCGGCUACCCGCUACCCGAGGACUCGAACAACGAAUCUGCUGGCGAAGUGGCACCAUUAGUUGUUAGCCAGCCGCUCAUCCCCGAUGGGCGUCACGAGAGCACCCCCGAGACCACACUGCUGCAUCCUGAGCUGGUAAGCGUGUCAUUGGCAAAAGGGCCCGGAGGCUUUGGGUUUGCCAUCGCAGACUGCCCGCUGGGACAGAAGGUGAAGAUGAUCCUGGAUGCACAGUGGUGUCGUGGCCUCCUGAAGGGCGACGUGAUCAAGGAGAUUAACCGGCAGAAUGUACAGACACUGAGCCACGCACAGGUGGUGGACAUCCUCAAAGAGCUGCCCGUCGGAGCGGAGGUCAACCUGCUUGUACUGCGAGGAGGUCAGACAUCUCCUGUGAAGUCUCUGAAGCCAUCUGCCACUGCCAUGCCUACGACAGUGACCCAGAAGCACCCAGAAGCACCCCCCAACGUGGUAAAAACAGAGAGUCCGGUCCCUGCUGAGCCGAUCCCUCAGUCGCUUCCCUUUCCUCCCGCUGUGGUACGCUCCAACUCUCCUAAACUGGACCCAUCUGAGCUCUACCUCAAAUCCAAAGCUAUGCAUGACAGCAAGCCUGCCAACACCAAGGACCUAGACGUUUUUAUUAAGAGGAACCAGGAAUCUGGCUUUGGCUUCAGAGUACUGGGUGGAGAGGGACCAGAUCAGCCAGUAUAUAUUGGCGCUAUUGUUCCACUGGGAGCAGCAGAGAAGGAUGGGCGUCUGCGGGCAGGCGAUGAGCUCAUGUGUAUCGACGGGGUUCCCGUAAAAGGAAAAUCCCACAAGCAAGUCCUGGAUCUGAUGACCAAUGCUGCCCGCAAUGGCCAGGUUAUGCUGACCGUGCGCAGGAAGCUCACCUACCCAGAAGGAAGAGAGGACGACGGUGGUCAGUCCCUCCCAACUCAUCCCCAGGUUAACGGCUCUCCCAGACCAUCGCGCACUGAUGUGCUCGCUCCACCCCAGCCGGAGCAGUAUGAUGUCACCCUGCAGCGCAAGGACACCGAGGGCUUCGGCUUCGUCAUCCUCACCUCAAAGAACAAACCUCCACCAGGAGUAAUUCCACAUAAGAUUGGACGGAUCAUCAAGGGCAGCCCCACUGAACGCUCCGGCAAGCUUAAAGUGGGUGAUCGAAUCUCCGCCGUCAAUGGCCAAUCAAUCGUAGAGCUCUCGCACAAUGACAUAGUGCAGCUGAUCAAACAGGCCGGCAACACGGUCACCCUCACCGUGCUGCCCGAGGAAGAGCACAGCGGACCCCCAUCAGCCACGAGCUCAGCCAAGCAGAGCCCAGUGACUCAGCACAAAGCCAUCGCCCAGCAGCCUGCCAGCAAGGAUGACAGAGGACUUGAACAGUCUAGGAAUGGCCCAGACAAAGAGGAGCGAGAAGAGGGUGUGGCCUGGACUGACCACAAGUCUCUACCCAGGAGUGAUACUGGCACCAUGAUCACUUCAGGGCCCAAGCAGGGCUGUAUUCCUGUGGAGCUAGAGAGGGGGCCACGUGGCUUUGGUUUUAGUCUGCGAGGAGGGAAGGAGUACAACAUGGGGCUGUUCAUUCUGAGGCUAGCUGAAGACGGCCCAGCGCUAAAGGAUGGCAGAAUACAUGUGGGAGAUCAGAUAGUGGAGAUCAAUGCCGAGCCUACACAAGGUAUUACACACACACGAGCCAUCGAGCUGAUCCAGGCGGGAGGCAACAAAGUGCUGCUGCUGCUGCGGCUUGGGCAGGGCCCAAUUCCUGACCAUAAUGUAAUGGAGAUGGUGAACACGCCACCUUCAAACUUCUCAAAAUAUCCUGCACCCGAUGAGCCGUCAAUGCUAGCAUCCAUGCCUGUCGCCUCUCUCUUGCCUUCUGAGAGCACCCGCAGGCAGCAUCAAUACCCCAGAGAUCCCCUAUCCCAACCCAGGUCAAGUAAUUCCAGUUUGUCCCUCAGUGACAACCCGCCUAGUCCGUGGAGUGCAGACAUUUCAUUUUUGGAUGUGAAUGAGCGUUCACAAAGCCCUAGGAAACCUGCGGAAAACAAGAACAUUCAUUCCAGCAUGCAGAGUCUGGAUGUCUACAUGGAGAGGAAACCCCAAGGGCAGCAAAGCAGAGAGACACGCUCAGCAAGCUCUAAAAAGAGCCCCAGAAAGGAGCAUGAGACUGGCACCAGACAACCUAAGGGGCAUGAGGAACCACAAAGGUAUUUUGAUGCUCAAAAUCCUUAUUAUAGCUAUGGACUGACCCAGGAGCAGAGAUACGAAGAGGAAACUGACCUCCGCCAGGACAGAGAGACCGGCGAGAACAGGCCUGAGAGCACCAGAGCACAUCAUGAGCGACAUCACAAGAAAAGAGAGGUCGGGCCUCAGCGGUCCAAUUCCCAGCUCUACAAUGAAAGGGUCAUGCCAGAGCCUCAGACUGCUACCCUAGACUACAGGGGCCAGAGAGAAAGGCUCAAAGAGUCAGAUACCAGAGGAUCAACCAGUGUUUCCCCGGAGACUUCCUGGAAUGGCAACACCAACAGCAAAAAAGCUCCCAUAACCCCUGGCCCUUGGAAGGUCCCUAGCUCUGCUAAGAUCCAUUCCCAGGUGGAGGGCGUCUGAUUGAAGCUUGGUGGAGAAACGAUGAUGGAUUUACUGUUUAUUAGACGAUUAAUCUGAAUCACUGUGUAUUUGAAACAUAUUUUUACAUGACUUGUACAGCACUGACUUUGAUACAGUGGUAUCAUGUUUAAAAUCAUCUGCUCGAACUAUGUGUCCUCAUGUCCGAGUUGCAUGAGACCUGCCAGUCUCUUUACAUGCAAAUCAGAGACUCCUGCUGGAAGGACCUGACACAAAACCAAGUGAACUCCUAUAAGAAAGUGCUCUGUUUUCCGGAAAUGUGAAGGAAUAUUUUUUGAUCCAUUUAGUUUGUUCUUUGCUCAGACUUCUGCAGUGCUUCUGAAAUCAGUUUGUCUUGUUUUAGCAUGUUCGAUUUGCUGUGUGUCCUAUCAGUGUGGACUGUCAGUGCAUUGGUGCAGUUUGCCUUGGUUAUUGAUGCAAAUGUAAUUCAGCCAAACAAUGCUAACCAUUACUGUGUUUACAUUCACAUUAAUAAUCUGAUUUUUAUCAAAUUAGGAACUUGUAUGAUGUUAAAGCGGGAAAUGUAAUCAAGCAACCUGGAUUUUAGUCUAGUGCAUUAACACACAAAACUGCAUAUUUAAAAAAUAAAUCCAGAUAUAAACACAGAUGUGUUAAGAUCAAUUCAUUUAGUAAGAUUAGUUCUUUUGGUUCUGCAGCUGGAACUCUGCUGGCCCGGCAGUAAAAUACAGUAGCCCACUACACUACCGGUGAAAUCCAGGGUUCGAAUCCCCUGCAGUGCUUGGGCCGGUCGGGUGUCUACUUACAGAUCCGAUUGACUUUGUCCGAGGGAGGGAUGGCCGAGGCCCUGCAAUGGAUUGGCCUCCUGUCUAGGGUGUUACUGCAUUUCUCCCAGUGUUACCAGAGAAUGCGAACACACCCCAAACCUGACCAGGAUGAAGUAGUAGUAAAACAUGAAAAGGGAAAAUGUUCUGCAGCUUCUUGUAUCUUGUAGAAUGGGGAGUGAUUUGGAUUAUGGCUUGGUUGGGGUGGUAUUAGUAUAUCAGAGGAAUAAGCCAAAAUUGACAUUUAACAUUUUUGGCAUUUAGCUGACGCUUUUAUCCAAAGUGAUUUACAGUACUGUGACAGUAUACAGUCUAAGCAAUUGAGGGUUAAAAGCCUUUCUCAAGGGCCCAGCAGUGGCGACCUGGCAGUGGUGGGGCUCAAACCAGCAACCUUAUGAUUACUAGUCCAGUGCCCAAUUGAACCGCAAUGCUGCAUGAAA